AUCUCUAAUUUUUUAUAGUUGAUAAAUGCAGGAUAUAUACUAGGUAUACAUAUUAAACAAUAUCUUGUUUGUUUACGGUAUAAACUUCUAAAUAAUCGAAACUUGUGUUUACACUAUUCAGUAUCGUGUGAGAAAGUAAAUGUUUAUAAUUUAGUUUUUUUUUGGGAUUUACUAGUAAUAACUAAUUGUUAUGUUUUAGUAUUGCAAUUUAUACUCUCUCGUAAAUAAGAUGGCUACCGCCCCAAAUUAAAAUGAAACAAAAUGCUACGUAUGUGAUUCUAUUUUUGUACGAGAAAUUAUGUAGCAAUGCAAGACUUGCGACAAUUUUAUGAUGACGUAAUUUUUACGACGAAUAUUUUUCAAGGAUAUAUCAAUAACUGAAAAAGCAUCUUUGAAUGACAGUUGUCACUUAUAUGAUACGAAUCAUGCAAAAGUCGCAUGAUUAAUGAUGCAAAAUAUAAAUUGACACUUAAUGAAUACAUUAAAUGUAAUUUACGUGAUUGUUAGUUAUAUUUAGCUGUGCAAUUUACGUGAAAAAAAAUGCCGGUCCAAAAAGAUUCCAAUAUUGUGAAAAUUGCUGUUCAGAUGACAGAUCAAGUACCACAGUUAAUUGAGUUUAAUCAGAAACAGCCAUUAACUGGUAUUAUUCAGGAGCUGUGUAAUGGAUGGGGUCUUUCCGAUUCAGAAUUAUAUUCAUUACAAUUUUCUGAAAAUAAUAAUCAAAAUUAUAUUACAGAAAAAAAUCGUAAUGAAGUAAAGAAUGGUAGUAUUCUUAGAUUGGAAUUUUCUCCUUCUAAAAUAGCUACCGAUAUAUUGACAAAACUGAAUAGUGGCACUCCGGAAGAAAACAUAACAGCAUUACAGAAAUUAAGUUCUUUAAGUACAGAUAUGACAUUUGCAUUAGAAUUUAUCAAUAAACAAGGAUUGGGUCUUAUUAUUUCUCAGGUUGAGGGUGGAAUGCGUAAAGGUAGCGCUUUAGCAUAUUCUCUUCAGUCCUUUGUAGAAUUGAUGGAUCAUGGGAUUGUAUCUUGGGAUAUUUUGGAGAUACCAUUUAUUAAUAAAGUAGCAAGCUAUGUGAAUAAUCAAUCCGUAUCUCUAGAUACCAAUAUAAUUGAAGCAGCACUUAGUAUUUUAGAAAAUAUUGUUUUAAAUUCAUCAGGCAAAUAUGCUCAAGUUGAAAAAGAAGUUACCUUUCCUAAUUUGGUAAUGCAUUUGCAAAGUACAAGCCCACAAAUACAGCAAAAUGCUAUUGCUUUGAUUAACGCUUUAUUUCUCAAAGCUGACACAUCCAAACGAAGAGCCGUCUCUGCUACAUUGCAGUCGAAACAAGUCCGAAAUGUUUUUCUUACCAAUGUAAUUAAAUCAAGUGGACAGGUUGGUACAGAAAUGGCGCAUCAACUAUAUGUCUUGCAAACACAGAUUUUAAGUCUCUUAGAACAGAGAAUGAUGACUAAAAUGGAUCCACAAGAUCAAGAUGCUCAUGAUAAAAUAAAAGAACUUAGACGAAUUGCAUUUGACACAGAAGGUGGUAUCGGAAUAGAUGUAAUUGCUCGUAAGCAAGGUUUAUAUGCUAAGGAUUAUAAAAAAUUAGGUUUCAAAUAUGAUAUUAAUCCUGCUCUUGAUUUUACCGAAACACCACCCGGUAUGCUAGCGCUCGAUUGUAUGGUAUAUUUUGCUCGUAAUCAUACGGAAAAUUAUACAAAGGUCGUCUUAGAAAAUUCUUGCCGAGCGGAUGAACACGAAUGCCCAUUUGGCAGAACAAGUGUUGAACUCGUAAAGUUAUUAUGCGAGGUGUUACGUAUUGGAGAAGCACCGAGCGAACAAGGACAAUCGUACCAUCCUAUGUUCUUCACACACGAUCAUCCAUUUGAGGAAUUUUAUUGCGUUUGUAUAGUUUUAUUGAAUAAAACGUGGAAAGAAAUGAGAGCCACUAUUGAAGAUUUUGUAAAAGUAUUUUCCGUUGUAAGAGAGCAAAUUACAAGAGCACUUCAGUGCAAACCGACGGGACUAGACAAAUUUAAAAGUAAAUUGCAACAGUUGACAUAUUCAACGAUCACUAAUCUUUGGCAGCAAGAAAGAACUAGUCGCGAGGAGUGGGAAAGUCACGCAAGACCGAUUGUUGAGCUCAGAGAACAAAUUACACCUGAAAUAUUAGAGUUAAUUCAACAACAACGUCUUGGAUUUUUGGUAGAAGGAACUAGAUUUAUGAAAUAUAGCGCUAGAGGACAGAGAAUUAAGGAUAAAUUUUGGUAUGUGCGUUUAUCACCUAAUCAUAAAGUAUUGCAUUAUGGGGAUUGCGAUGAAAAGUCAGUACCGUCGAUAGAUGAACUACCUACAAAAUUAGCUGUUGUUGAGAUUCGAGGUUUAAUAACUGGAAGAGACUGUCCUCAUAUGAAAGAUUUACAAAGAAGAAAAACAACGCAUCAAUUAGCAUUUUCCUUAAUGUUGGAUUCUGUAGAAGUUUCCAGUUUAGAUUUUGUUGCUCCUGAUGAGCAAGUUUUUGAUUAUUGGACUGAUGGCAUUAAUGCUUUACUUGAUAAUAGAAUGACCAGCAAAGAAGCUGAAAAUGAUCUAGAAACUUUAUUAUCUAUGGAUAUUAAGUUAAGACUUUUGGAUGCCGAAGGAAUCGACAUACCUCAAGAUCCACCGCCGAUUCCUGAACCACCACCAAAUUAUGAUUUCUGUUACGAGUUAAAGUAAUAUGUGCAAUUGAUACCUAAUAUACAUUCUAUUAACUCGAUAUAUUAAUUGUGCAUGCCAAAUAACUGCCAGUAGUGAAAUUGAUGUAACUUAACGUAAGUAAUAGUUUUUAUAUUAUAUUAUGUUUAAUAUUUUUAUCAAUGCUUUUAUUCAUAUAUCUACUUUUAUAACAGGAUGCCAAAAAUAUUAUUACCGUUUUUUAUAGAAUUUUAUACACGUAUUUAUAUGAAUUUGUAAUAUAUAGGGUGAUCGUUUUAUCUUAUAUAAUAGAACAAUCGUAUGUUAAAGUAGAGCGUAGAUCUAUAUUACUAUUAUUUACAAUACUAUUUCCUUAUACAAAUUAAAACGAUGUACCCUAUAUAUUAUCCAUUGUGCGUAUAAUAGGCUAUUGCUUUGCUAAAAAUUAUAUAGAGGCCUUUUUAAACUUUUUUAUAGAAAUUAAUGACUAAGAUGAAUUCUUUUUUUUGUAAUACAUUAAUCGUGAGUCGUAUUCCAUAGAUUUUAUUAUACAAAUACUUGAUACUAUUUUGUAAUAAAUAUAUUUAUGAUCACAAGUAUACAUAUAUAUAAUAAACUAUACAAUUGUAUUCAAAGAA